GUGAAAUGGUCGAGGGAAAAUUACUACCACAACCUGAGCUCUCCGUACUGUCUGCGGCUGGCCUCAGGGGACGCGUCGGGGAAGAUCAUCGUGUGGGACGUGGUCAGCGGCACGGCUCACUGUGAGAUCCAGGAGCACUCCAAACCUAUCCAGGAUUUGGAGUGGCUGUGGAAUCAGGAUGCGUCUCGUGAUCUUCUUCUGGCCGUCCACCCUCCAAACUACAUCGUUCUGUGGAACGGAGACACGGGCGCCAAACUGUGGAAGAAGAGCUACGCUGAGAAUAUCCUGUCCUUUUCGUUCGACCCCUUCGAUCCCUCCAACCUGGCAUUGUUGACCAGUGAAGGAAUAGUCUUCAUCACAGACUUUUCCCACUCCAAACCACCAGGCAGCACUGGUAAGAAGGUCUACAUCGCCAGCCCUCAUGCGAGCCCAGCACACACCAAACCUGCGCCUGCUGCUGCUCCGGCUCCCACUGGGGCCAAAAAGGCCCUCAACAAAGUCAAAGUGCUCAUCACCAACGAAAAACCCAC